GUCCUACACAAGCGUAAACUCCAGGCGUAGCCGCCAUAUCCGCCUUGAAAACCCUGUCGACAAUGUCUCACGCCCUUUGCAUGGUUAUGACGCUGAGCACCCGGAUGGGCACCGCGGCCAGACGAUGCCUGUGCCUGAAAAGGACGACCACCUCCACGGCACCUACGGUGAUGGAAGCGGUCGCUGGGACGCAUUUGCCGGCAGCAACCAGCUUGAGCAUUCGUCCGAUGAGUUUGGUCCGAGUAACGCGAGCGAGGCGCAGUAUUUGAACAUGGCCUCAGGUGUGCCACAAAACAAGUUCACCAAGUUCUACAAUUACCUGCUGGACGUAUCUGUCGUCACGCGACGGCUCCUGUUUAUCGUGCUCGUGCUAGGUUUGUUAUGGAUACCAGGUAUCGUCGGCUUCACAGUAGCCCCCGAAGCUACAGUGUGGGGAGUAAAGCUACUCUGGUGGAGUAUCUGGCUGAGUGUGGUGUGGGGAGGAUGGUGGGCUUCCCUGGCGGCAUCGAUGAUUCUCCCUCUACUAGCCCGUCACACCGUCGGCACGGUCGCAGUCGGAACAAGAAAGUACAUUGACUGGAUCGCAGUCCUUCGCAGAUACGUCGCCUUUGCUAGCUGGACUCUGGCAUGCUGGAUCGCCUUCCAGCCGCUCAUCAAUACCAGGCAAGAGCAGGACGCGAGUCAAUCUGACCAACACGCUGUGGACCUCCUUGCUAAGCUUCUCUUCGCCUUCUUCUUGUGCGCCGCCAUUUUGUUUGGCGAGAAAUUUGUAAUUCAAUGGAUUGCGGGCAAAUUCCACGAACGAUCCUAUGCAGAGCGUAUCGCGGACCAGAAGUUCGCUAUACAAGUGCUCUCUACUCUGUAUCGGUACUCUCAUGAUACACCUGGCCGUUCCGAUGCCCUCACUGACUGUCACCCCGAGAAGAAGCCUUCAAUAGCCCCGAAGCGUUUGUUCAAGCACGCCCUGAAGGGUGUGAAGGUUGCUGCGACCACCACUACAACUGCACUGGGCGCUGUUGCAUCUGAGAUUGCCGGGAGCUCGGUCUUGCAGCCCAACUCUCCCCAGGCAGUAGUGCAGAUUGCUCUCGAAUCAGUAAACAAUUCUCGUCUGCUCGCUAGGCGACUGUUCUACUCGUUCGCUAAACCCGGCUCCGAAUACUUCGAUGUGAAAGAUAUUCGGAAAUUCUUCCCGACUCUGGACGACGCCGACGCCGCAUUUGCAAUUUUUGACAGGGAUGAUAACGGUAAUGUUACUCGAGAUGAGUUCGAGAUGGCGUGUCUCGAGUUCCAUCGCGAGCAACUGUCCAUCGAGCACUCGAUGACGGACUUGGAUAGCGCCGUCGGUCGACUGGACAACAUCCUCAUGUCUCUUUACGUGGUUGUAUCUAUCUUAAUCAUUGCUGUUGCCCUGGAAGCACAGCUGGUCACUCUUAUCACAGGCGCAGGCACACUCUUUCUUGGUUUGAGCUGGCUUAUUGGACCGUCUUUGUCGGAGGUCCUUACGUCAAUCAUCUUUCUCUUCGUGAAACAUCCGUACGAUGUCGGAGAUCGCGUUCAAGUGGGAAAGGACACUUACGUCGUCAAGGAGAUCAGGCUCCUGAGCACUAUCUUCUUGGACGACAACUCUUGUCUUAUCCAGGCUCCGAACAUUACACUCAGCCCUCAACUAAUCAUGAAUAUGCGACGUAGUCCCCAAAUGUCUGAGUCAUUUACGUUCGACGUGGCAUAUAGUACAUCAUACGAACAGAUUCAACAACUUCGUGAGCUCAUGCUGAAGUUUGUGACGGAUGCUAGGCGUGACUAUCAGCCAUCAUUCGAUGUGGCUAUCGUUGACAUUCCUGAACAGAAGCAACUUACGCUGAAGGCUGACAUCAAGUAUAAGAGCAACUGGCAGCAUGGCGCACUUAAAGCGCAACGGCGGAAUAAGUGGAUCUACAAUCUCAAGAUCUCCCUCGCGAGAGCCCACAUCUUCGGUCCCAAUGGUGACCCAGGCGCGAAGAAGCCGCCGACACCCGUCACAAUGGUGCCAUGGGAGGACGUCCGGCAUGAAGAGAAGAUGAAACAGCACCAGGAAACACAGCAACAGUCCAUCUCGCAGACCUUCACAUUUGCUGACCAAGAUGCUGUCAUGCUUGACGACACUGAGAAGGUUUUUGGUGGACGAAACGAGCUUGAUAUAAGAGAUUCUCGACAGAUUCAAACACCGAGCGACUUGCAGCCGAGAACCACGCCUUUCCCAACGCCUGGGGUGCCCACAGCACUACGGCCCUCUGGCUUCGAAGAGUUCGAGCUGGCGACUCCUCAGCGAGACCGGUCACCUCUACCACCAGCAUAGCUUGUUGGCUCUCGUACUUCCUUGCUUGAUCUGCGUUUUGUUCAUUUGUACAAGAUAUUGUCUUGCAAUACAUGCAACAUAUU